AGCCAUGGGGGCAGGGGCAGGGGCAGGGCAGGGGCGGCCCGGGGGCGGGGGCGGGGGCGGGGGCGGGGGCGGGGGCGGGGGCGGGGGCGGGGGCAGGGGCAGGGGCAGGGGCCGGGCGGGGGCCGGGGCGGGGCGGGGCCGGAGCAGGGGCGGGGCAGGGGCGGGGGUGGGGGCAGGGGCGGGGGGAGGGCGGGGGGAGGGGCGGGGGAUGGGGGUGGGGAUGGGGGUGGGGAGGGGGUGGGGAGGGGGUGGGGAGGGGUGGGGAGGGGGUGGGGAUGGGGGUGGGGAUGGGGGUGGGAUGGGGUAGGGAUGGGG